GGGCCUUCUACGCCUCCAUCCGCGCCCGAGAACAUGGCGGCGGCCCCAGGCAGAGCUCUGCUGCGGGCGAGCACUGAGCGGCUGGUCCGAGGAGGGGUUUGGGAGCUCCUCCGGCCGCGACUUGAAGGGGGCACCUCCGGCUCGGAGCGCGACUUCAGCCUGUCUCACAGUCGGGGCACGGUCAUUGUGGAGCGCUGGUGGAAGGUGCCGCUAGCGGGAGAGGGCCGGAAGCCGCGCCUGCACCGGCGGCACCGCGUCUACAAGCUGGCGGAGGACACGAAACACCGGCCCAAAGACAACCUGGAGCUCAUCCUCACGCAGUCGGUGGAGGAACUUGGAGUCCGAGGUGACCUGGUCUCAGUGAAAAAAUCUGUAGGCCGUAAUCAACUACUUCCUCAAGGACUGGCUGUAUAUGCAUCUCCUGAAAACAGAAAGCUGUUUGAAGAGGAGAAAUUGCUGAGACAAGAAGGAAAAUUAGAGAAGAUCCAGACCAAGGCAGGUGAGACGACAGUGAAAUUUCUGAGAAAAUGUCACCUGCAGGUAGGGAUGAAGAACAAUGUCAAAUGGGAGUUAAACCCUGAAAUAGUUGCCCGCCACUUCCUCAGAAAUCUUGGUGUUGUGGUUGCCCCACAUGCAUUAAAGUUACCAGAAGAGCCUAUCACACAGAGGGGCGAGUACUGGUGUGAGGUGACGGUAAAUGGGCUUGACACUGUGAGGGUACCUAUGUCUGUGGUGAACUUUGAGAGGCCCAAGACCAAAAGAUAUAAGUACUGGUUAGCCCAGUAAG